UACCAUACUUGGAGAAUCCUAAUUGAUGGACCUACAUCUAUAUAAACUACCUUGUACACAAUUAUUUCCUUGAGUUGAAAUCAUAAUUCAAUAUGGUAUCAGAGCCUAUUGAUCCGUCUCUUCCUUCUCGAUAAAAAAAAAAAAAAAAAUCGGCCCAGCCGAUCGGCCACCGCCGCCGAUCUCCACCGAUCGGCCAUGGCUGCUCAAACUUCUGAUCCCAUGGAUCGACUGCCUACGGGCUUGAAAUUAUUUGUCCGGAAUCUUCAAUCUCUAACUCCGGUCAAACUAGAUGAUACAAAUUAUCCCUCUUGGUCUGCUACGGUUCGCGCAAACCUCGUCGCUCAUCGUCUCCUCGGAUAUGUUGAUGGUUCAGAAGUGCCUCCUUCACCCCUUAAUUUGGACGAGAAAGCUGCUGCCCCUGGCAAGGAUGCACCGCCAGUUAUGAAACCCAAUCCUGCUUAUGACUCAUGGGUUCUUGUUGAUGCUCAAAUCAGGGCCUGUCUUCUCGCUAUUGUUUCUCCAACUGUUCAGACUCAUAUUCAUGCUCUUCCAUCCUCUGCUGCAAUUUGGAAUCACCUCGAACAACGGUACAAUUCUCUUUCACGUACUCAUAUUUUUCAAUUGAAGGAGCGUCUACAUAGCAUUCAAAAGGGCACUGAUUCCAUGCAAACAUACCUGGACACUGUUCUCACUAUUGUCUCAUCUCUGAAAUUGGCUCAUGAGGACAUCUCUGAACAAGAUAUUAUCCUGACGAGGUACUGGCCGGGGUCGUGGCCGUGGGCCAUAUCGUGGCCGAGGAGGGCCCUCCCGCGGAAGCAGCUACAGCGGCAGAGGAGGCCGGCUGCCUUCCUACCGCGAGGAACCGCGAGGUCGCGGUGGUGGACGUGGGGCCGACAUCACAUGUCAACUGUGUGGUAAGACCGGUCAUG